CAUUUGUUCUGUGUGUGUGUUUGGGGAUGAAUAAAGCAGAUUAGGAAAAGCAGACUACAGACAGACACAGAGGGAACAGAAAGCUCAAUACAAAAAGAAGAAAAGAGUUUAGAAAAGUAGGAAGACAGGAACCUGAACAAUCCUCCAGAAGAAGACUGACUCUUGACUGCUAGGAUGGCUGCUGUAUGGCGAUGCAUGUUGGCACUGGUGGUGUUGAUGUGUCUGUGUUCGUGGGGUUCCACUCAGAUUAUAGGAGGGGCUCAGAGUCGACCGAGACCCCAAAGACGACCACGUAAGAAGCCAAAGGUUGAACCCAUUGAUGUGAUCCCACCCGCACAGAACAUAGACAUCGAGCGGAUGACAGGAAUAUGGUACUUGCUCAACACUGCCUCCAAAUGCUCUUACCUGAUAAAUCAUGGAACCAAGGUGGAGCCAACAGUCAUGAACCUCACACGUCCCGCUGACUCUAGCCAAACACUGUCUGUUAGCAUUAAAACACGACAUAAUCACCAGUGUUGGGAGAUCUUACAGGUCUAUGAUAUAUCACCAACCCCAGGCCGGCUAACACUUAAAGGACCUCGUCCUGAGCUGAACACCGACAUAAUGAUCAGUGACACGGACUACGACUCCUACGCGGUCAUAUUCUACCAGAAAAGGGGCCAGAUCACCCUUAAGCUCUAUGCCAGGUCUACAGAUGAUCUGUCAGAGCCAAUGUUGAGCAAGUUUGAACAGCUUGCUGAAAAGCAAAAUUUGGGGCUGGCAUACCUCUUCCCCUUCCCCACCUACAGUCACUGUGGAGCUGUAGACAAAGACCAUGUAAUCAACUGUAUCCCCGCAUGCUGAAGAGGCAGAGCUGUGCAGCAGAGAUCCAGCCUUGCAGCGUUCAGCACUUCUCACGCAAAUAUCUGAAUGCAAUAUCAGCAAGAAAGUUGUUGAAAGACCGCACAAAGAUCUUCAAAGUGUAAAACUUUAUCUGUCACCAGUUACAACGAAUUAAAAUAAAAUGGAGCACAAUCGUGUUAUUGUCCAUUUAAAAAAAAAAAAAAAAAUCCACAAUGGUCCUUA